AUGAGUGACAUUGUGGAGGACGAGCAUGAGAUCACCUUCAGCGUCAAGUUUCUGGGUCGUGUGGAAGUGCUGCGGCCGGAGGGACUUCAGAUCCUGGAGGAGGCAGCGCUGAGUCUCACGACGGCUACGGAUCCAACUUCUUCUGAAAAAGCUGCAAAAAACAGUAAAGUUCACCUGUUCCUGUCCCUGAGCGGAAUCGACAUCCUGGAAAACAAAACCAAAUUCCUGUUGUACUCAUGCCCUUUGCCCUCCGUGUCCUUCUCCGCGGUGCUUCCAUCUUCUCCCAAAGUGUUCGGGUUCGUGGCCAAGCACCCGGCUGCGGACAUGUACCACUGCUACCUGUUCCAGAGCCGGAGAUUUUCUCAUGUGUUGGUGUCUGUGAUUGGAGAUGGGUUCAGAGCCUCACAGAAGGAGACCAGGGUUCAGGGAGGGAGGGAUCUGAUCGUGGAGGCGCUCAGACAUAAGAACAAAAUGCUGCAGAAAGAGAACGCUGAUCUGAAGAGGAAACUGGAGGGACAAACCAACCCAUUAUGCGUUGACAGCGUGCAUACAGGAAGAGCGUGGUGUGUUGACGUCACGCCGCAUUUGUCUCAUUACUCGCGGAACGAUAAUGGGAGAGGUCCUGUCCGAGAGGUGCUGGUGACCCCUGGCCUAAGGGGGGUCGUGAUGUCUCGGAGCAGCAGCAGGCGCUCUCUGCUCCCGGGCAGGAGGAGGAGGAGGCGGGAGUCCGACCAGGACCGGGAUUUGAGCCCCGACACAGACUCUCUGGACGGGGACCGCAGAGAGGACAUCGCACACUUUCCCUACGUGGAGUUCACCGGCAGAGACAGCAUCACCUGCCCCACGUGCCAGGGCACCGGGCGCAUCCCCUCAGCUCAAGUAAAUGAACUGGUGGCUCUGAUUCCGUACAGCGACCAGCGGCUGCGUCCCCAAAGAACUAAGCUGUACGUGGUGCUGUCCGUGGUACUCUGCCUCCUGGCCUCCAGUCUGGUAGCCUUCUUCCUGUUCCCUCGGCCUGUCUUGGUGGUGUAUGACGGCGUGCACUCCGUCGACGUCCAUUUUGACGAAGCCGAACAGAUCGUCCUGAUGAAGCUGACCAGCACUCUGAACUUCAGCAAUCCCAACUUCUUCUCCGUGCUGGUGCAGAGCCUCAGCUGCCAGGUCCUGUACAUGAAAACUGUGGUGGGCUCCAGUCAGAUGAACAACGUGACGACCGUUCAGCCGCUCAGCCAGUCCCAGGUGAACUACACGGUGAAUGUGGAGAUUGGCAGGACCUCGGCGUACGUGUAUACAUUCUGCACGAUGCCCAUUAAAGUCCAUAACAUUGUGCUCUUCAUGCAAACGUCGGUGAAGACCUCGCACAUGGUCAGGACCUCUCAGAACAACCUGGAGUCUUACCCCUACAUCGACUGUGGCGCCAACAGCUCCUUCUCGCAGCGCAGCCGGCAGCACUUGGGCCCGUCCUAA